AUGUCUGUGGCUGAGGCGGCAGCAGCGGACAACACCCGGCGCGCUAUCGAGCGCGGCAGCAUAACCGCCGCGCAGAAAGCGCUGGAAAGCACGAAGGAGGAGCUGGUCGAAAGUAGGAAAAGUGAGGAAGAGAGCAACGCUGGUUGCGGCAUGGCUCUGGAGUUUGCGCGCGAGAGAGACGAGGAGCUCAAAUCGGAGCGCGCACGGAGACAGCAGGCCGAGCAGCAAAAACAAGCCAUUGGGCGAGAGAAGGAGUCGGCGGUGGCGGGACAGCGCCAGGCGAAGGAGAGAACCCGUUGA